UUUUUUUUUUCAAUGGGACACGAUCAUCACGACCAUUCCAACUGUAAUCACGAUCAUGGCUCUCAUGGCUCUCCAAAGGGCCUUAAGAAAGCCAACGACGAAAUCAAUCUUAGACAACAAGCAGCUGAAAAAUUAGCCAAGUCUUUGGUCGAACUACAAACCAUGUCCAAUGAAUUCAAAAAGCAAUAUCAAUUGAAAACUUCUAAUGAACCUAUUUCCAAGGCCGAUGUGGAUAUGCUAAUGAAUGAAAUGCAACUUGCAAAGACAGAAGCUGAACAAGUGUUGAGAAAUAACAAGGGCGAUGUCGUUUCAGCACUGACUUACUUGGUAGCUCAGUAAUCCUGUCACACAACUUGAACGCGUCUCGUUUACUUGGUUGACACGUCACAGUAUACACUUUUUCUUUUCUUUUUUUUUUCUCUUUUUUUUUUCGCAAUA